AUGCCAAUAAUUGGGAAGGAAUGGUUUACAGAUGUGGCGAAGCAGCAGCCAAUGGUGCUUUAUGAAGACAUAUCCCAAGGCUGUGAAAGAUUUGUGGUCCCCGUCUACUCAAAUCCUCGAUUUUUUAUGGAUUCUUCGCUUUUUGAAAAUUUCAAAUAUACUUCAAGAAUUAUCGACGUGGCGGGGCAAUUAGCUUGCCGGAGUGCUUCGCCAACUUUUAUGUGCCAAUGCGCUGGUCAGUGCUCAACAAAUUGUGAAUGCUCAUCAGGGGUUUUCGGGGAAGGAGGAACCGUAGAAAACAUGGAACUCCUCAUGUGGGACACAGUCCGAGAAUGCAACGAGUACUGUAAUUGUGCUCUGUGGUGUGGGAACCGAGUGGCGCAAAAAGGUGCCAUGUACCCUGUUGAGAUUUUCGCUCGGGAUCCUUGGUGUGGGUGGGGGGUCCGUGCAUCCGUCGACAUUGCAUUUGGCACAUUUAUUGGAGAAUAUGCUGGUGAGCUCAUCGAUGAUGAAGAAGCCAUGGAUAGGCAUGAUUCCACGUUUUUGUUCGAGACUAAAGUGGGCUCUGAAACUCUGACAAUUGACGCAAAAUACUCGGGAAAUUACACAAGAUUUAUCAACCACAGUUGUGCGCCAAAUGUUAAGGUAGCCAACAUAAGCUGGGACUACGACAAGAUUCAGCUCAUCCACAUGUGCUUUUUCACGGAUAAGGCUAUCAGAAAAGGCGAGGAGCUUACAAUAGACUACGGAGAAGCCUGGUGGGCUAACAAGAAAUUCCCGUGCCUCUGCAAGUCGUCGGAAUGUAGAUAUCAAUUUGGAAAUGAUCAACGAACCUGAGAAAAAUAAACAUUUUGGUUAUUAUGUGAUGAUUUACGAAUAGA